AUGGAGGAGGCAUUAGCUGGACCAGAUAGGGAGAAGUGGCUGGUUUCUAGGGAUGCUGAGUACCAGAGCCUGCUAGAGAAUGGGACAUGGGAUCUGGUGGUGCUGCUAGAGGGGAAGAAAGCCGUACAGUGCAAGUGGGUGCUAUGGAUCAAGACCGAUGACAAGGGACAGGUCACCAUCUACAAGAGUAGGCUGGUGGCUAAAGGGUUUAUGCAGAAGGAGAAGCAGGACUUCAAUGAGAUCUUUGCUUUCACUGCCAAACCCCCUACCCUCCGUGUCUUGUUGGCAGAUGCAGCCGUUAGUGGGGAAUCCAUCAUUCAGAUGGUUAUAUCAACGGCAUUCCUCAAUGGGAUUUUAGAGGAGGAUGUGUACAUGACGCAGCCGCCUGGGUAUGAGGAUGGUACGGGCAGGGUGUGCAAGCUGAAAAAGUCCAUCUACGGCUUGAAGCAGGCGCCAUGCUGCUGGUACCAGAAGUUGGCAGCUGUUUUAGAGGAGAUGGGAUUCAGGACCAGCAGCUGUGAUGAGAGCCUCUUUCUCAAGGGGGAGGAGGAGAAUCUGGUGCUGUUUCUGGUCUAUGUGGACAACAUUCUUCUCUUUAGCAGCAGCAUGAAGGAGAUCCAGAAUAUGCGACAGCAGCUGAUGAAGAACUUCAAGUGCAAGACCCUUGGGGAGGUAAAGUACUACCUCGGGAUGCAUGUAGAGAGGGAUCUGGAUCACAGAUGGUUGAAGCUGCACCAGGAGAAGUUCAUCAAGGAGCUGAGGGAGAAGUAUAGGAUUGAGAAUGAGCACAAGGUUGCAACUCCCCUGCCAGCUGAAUUCAAGCUUGUGAAGGCUGCCGAUGAUGAAGGGGUUGAAGCCAAGGAGCAGCAGCAAUUUCAGUCCUUGGUGAAGCAGAAAGGGGUUGAGGUGCUGAAAGAGAAGGGGGAGCGGCUUGGAGAAGGCAAGCUGUUUCUCACUUGCUUUACCAAUGCUAUGUGGGCUUCUGAGAAGGAGGAUUCCUCAUCCGUGGGAGGAUACAUCUGCAUAGUUGGGGGAGGACCUGUUAGUUGGAGGUCCAAGAAGCAGACAGAGACAGCACUCUCUUCCGUGGAAUCAGAGUACAUGGCGAUGUUCCAUGGGGUUGAGGAGGCUGUUAGAGGAGAUUGGCCAGGAGCAGAAGGUUGCUAUGCCGCUGUUUUGUGA